CCAUUCAUCUUCAAAUGUAAUCAUGUCUUCCCUCCCAACUCCCAUGAGGCCAUGACUACCUCUACCUUCCUCUUUUCUGGCUUGAACAAAAUCACCAUCUUGCCUCAAGCCACUCUGAUGCCGUCACAUCUCACCUGGCUUAUCCUAAUUUAAACACCUAAGCAGCCCUUGAUAUUUCUGUGCCGGCCGUGUCUGCCACGGAACUGACGCGACCUCGCAACGUCGCAACCACAUCCCACAUGCCAAGACCGAUGCUUGCUUGUCCGGUGUUGAGUGUGAGAUGACGUGGACCAUGUCCUCUACGCUUUGAGUCUUCCAUUAAUCCAUUCAGGUUUCAGAAAGAAAAAACAACCACCCGGAGAAUAAUCCAGCGCUGCAGUCGUGAGUGUGCUGGCGGUGUCGCGACGUUCUUAGCCACCAGUCGUUCCAACGCCGUCGCCGAUCGGCCAACCAUGUCCAGCGACGCCGCGCCGCACGUCGUCGAGGACUUGUUCGGCGUCGUCCGGCUCCUCAGCGACGGCUCCGUCGUCCGCGGCGACGAAUCCGUCCUCAUGCCGGCGGGGCCGUUCCCGGACGUCCCCGGGGUUCGGUGGAAGGACGCCGUGUACGACGCCACGCGCGGCCUCAAGGUCCGCGUGUACAGGCCGCCGCCGCCGGGGGCCGGUGGAGAAGAAGGUAGCAAGCUCCCCGUGCUCGUGUACUUCCAUGGAGGCGGCUACUGCGUCGGCUCCUACGACCACCCCAUGUUCCACUCCUGCUGCCAGCGCUUCGCCGCCGAGCUCCCCGCCGUGGUUCUCUCCGUCCAGUACCGCCUCGCCCCCGAGCACCGCCUCCCCGCGGCCGUCGAGGACGCCGCGACGUUCUUCGCGUGGCUGCGCGGGCAGGCCGACCCGUGGCUCGCCGAAUCCGCCGACCUCGCCCGGACGUUCGUGUCCGGCGUGUCGGCCGGCGCGAACCUGGCCCACCACGUCGUCGUACGCCUCGCCGCGCGGCAGCUCGCGGCCGACCCGGUGCGCGUCGCCGGGUACGUCCUCUUGUCGGCGUUCUUCGGCAGCGUCGAGCGCACGGUGACGGAGGCCGAGUCCCCGGCCAGCGUGUCCCUGACGGCCGCGGUCGACAAGCUCUGGCGCAUGGCGCUGCCGGUGGGCGCCAGCAGGGACCACCCGCUGGCGAACCCGUUUGGCCCGGACAGCCCGAGCAUGGAGCCGCUGCCGCUGCCACCGGCGCUCGUCGUGGCGCCAGGGCUCGACAUGCUUCGUGGCCAUAUGCGGCGCUACGCGGCGAGGCUGGAGGAGAUGGGGAAGGCCGUGGAGCUCGUCGAGUUCGCGGGGGAGCAGCAUGGCUUCUCCGUGAGAGGUUGGGGCGAGGCGAACGAUGAGUUGGUCCGGAUCUUGAAGCGUUUUGUAGGCCAGAUGAAGUGAACGGGUGAUAAUAGUUAAGGGUGUGUUUAGAUCUUUACCUGUAAAUUUUUUAAAAGAAAAUUUUAUUAUUUUGGAGUACUAAAUGAAAUUUAUUUAUAAAACUUUUUGUACAGAUGGGUUGUAAAUCACGAGACUAAUCUAAUGAGACUAAUUAAUCCAUGAUUAAUU